AUGGCCGCCUUCGUGAGGGUUUCUGGUCCGCCCAACAGCAGCUUUCUGGUCGGCUACCCGGGCAUUUCUGCGACGCUACCCCGAAUCGAAGGCAAAGUCGAGAUCCGUCCAUCACAGGGCUAUUCCAUGCCCGUUUCCGUUUCGCUAGUGCGCAUUUGCCUACAACGGAGAGAAACGAUACACCCCGCCGCCGAGAAUGUUGCGAAGAGGCACCUGGGAACCCCGAGAAGGGAAACGACGGACGUAGUCGGCAAAGAGCUGCUGCUAUUUAGAUGCCAAUCAGGAAAGGACGCUGAGAGCGUCAUUGCGAUGGAUCUACCGUUCGUCCUGUUCAUCCCGUUUGGAAGAGGUGGCGAAGAAACGAAUCGACGAAUACCCCCGGCAUCAUUACAACUCCCCAGCCGAACGGCCGAAACGUACUACGAGCUUGUUGUUACCGUGCAACAAGGACACACCCUCCAGAAUAAAUACUCCUUUCCUAUACCACUACAGAGAUACGACACCUUAUCGACCUUUGGCAUGUACAACAAGCCAGAGUCGAGGCAAGUCAGCGACGCAAGCGUCGUCACACUGGGCAUCUCGGUUCCCAAAUGGAGCUACGGCCCGCUUGACCCGAUAACAGUAUAUAUAAAACUAGUUCCCAAUCCCGACUGGAUGAAGAAAGCGUUGAAGGUCACGAUACAGAAGAUCACCGUCACCAUCGAGGAGGAAAUUACAUACAACCCGGAAGGCGACGAGCCUACGAAGAAAAUCAACAAAGUAGCCAAGAAUACGCAGUUGGUCAAUACGAAAAUGCCCGAGGCUGGAUACGCGACAAAUUUGGGCUUGGUGUUUCCCUCCAAGGACUUGCGCGAUCCGGACGGCAUCAUUCGCAGAGGGAAACCGGCGUUUCCGCUCUAUGAAGUUACUUCAUUCACCACGAGCUCAACCUUGUACAAGAUUGAGUUUUACUUGACUGUCAAGGCGCAGCUAGGAUCGACCAGAGAUUUGACCGUCAGGCAGCCGCUGGUCAUUUGCCCAAUGGACCAGCAAGCGUGUAAAGAGGAAAUGGACGCCAUCGAACAGGCCGCAAAAGACGCCUCGCAUGUCGAUCCGAAUAACCCUAUGCUCCCUGCACGGGCGAUUGUGUUAGCGAACGACCGAGAGUCUCUCAAGACAUUGGGACUAUGUCUGGUGGGAGGGCAGAAGAAACCGCUGAUUGAAUGA